AUAGAUGCCAUGACCAUGGCAUCCCAAGGCCAGAUCAUUUUCUGGAGCAUGACUACAGUCAUUAUCAUCCUGGCUGCGGUGAUUGCCCUGAUCAUUGGUUUUGGUGUCUCAGGAAAACACUCCAUCAGUGUGAUGGCGCUGACGUCUCCAGGGAACAUCGGCCAGCGCAGCAUUCUGGACUGCACUUUCGAGCCCGACAUCCGGAUGGGCAGCAUAGUGAUCCAGUGGGCCAAGGCAGGAGUAGCUGGGCUGGUUCACGAGUUCAAGGGUGGGAAGGACCACCUGCAAGAGCAAAAUCCAUUGUUUCGGGGCCGCACGGCGCUGUUUGCGGACCAGGUGAUCGGCGGCAAUGCUUCCCUGGAGCUGAGGGAUGUGCAGCUCUCCGAUGCUGGCACCUACCAGUGCUCUGUCACCACAGCCAGAGGGAGCGGGGCAGCAGUGCUGCAGUACAGGACAGGAGCCUUCAGCAUCCCCGAGGUGUUCGUAGUGAACAGCAGCAGUGGGGACACGUUGCAGUGUGAAGCACUGCGCUGGUUCCCUCGACCCACCGUGCACUGGACAGUCGACAACGGUGCCGGGGAGCACCUCCCUCACACUGCCAACACCAGCUACGAGCUGAACGCUGAAAACAUCACUCUGAAAGUGGUUUCCUUUCUGCACAACAUUACUGCUAAUGCCACCUACACCUGUGUGAUUGAAAACAACAUUGCCAAGGCUACAGGCAACAUCAAAGUGACAGAUUUCAGCAAUACAAGGUGGACUAACUUGCAGCUGGUGAACCUGAAUGCAGAGUCAGUGUCAUCCUCCUUUCCAGCCUGUCACUGGAUGCUUCUGCUUCCCCUGUAUCUGCUGUCGAUAUAA